GAGUUGGGGUGCAUCAUUGUGGAAUUUCCUACCGAAGGUGGUGCCGAGGUGCCUUUGGAAGGUUACAUUCCCAGAACCAUGCAGAACGCCCGUUACAACUCGGACGCUUUGAUGCCUGUGAUGCAAAAGAUGAGUGGUGCUUUCGACAAGGUUCCUGAACUUGCAAGUUUGUGCCAUGAGUUCAAGAAGUUGGCCUUGUCGGAGCAUCGCAAUCCUACGAAGGAUCACAUCAUGGACCAGGCGUGGUCUGUCCGGUACUUGUUCGGCGUGACGAAGCAUCUGCUCUACAAGCCUGAUACUGUCUUCUUGGGGUUGCUACGCGCAUUUGCGGUGGACAUUGAGAAAUGGCAAGCGGCUCAGUUGCCUUACCUUCGAAGCGCCAAGGAAGGCUUUGAAUUUGGAAAAGAAAAUCUCCAGAUGCCCAAUGAUGGACUUCACUUUGUGCAGAAUGACGCUUCGAACCAAAAGACCGCCUCACCUAAGACUGGACCUGUAAAGCAGAUUGCGCCUCCACCUGUGGAGAGGAAGGGUGCAGCGCCGCCGAGUCCAACUGUGAAGCCAAAGCCUGGUGGAUGUGAGGGAUUGAAGGCAGACCAGCUGAAAACGACUGCUGGAGCUGUCGAGCCGGUUGCUGCUCCUCUCAAAUCCAAAAAUGCCCCCACAACACCAAGUCUUCUGGCUUUGGCCGUGCGACGCCGACACCUUCAGGAGCAGUUCCUUGGCAUUUUUCAUUUCAGUCUCGGCUUGUUGCUUGGUUCUUAUUGGUAUGCAUGCCGGCGCCGCAUGCAAUUCAGGCUCCAGAUUGCCAAGAUGAGAGCUGAAGAGGCCUUGGAGGCCAGCUCAACGACCGCUCUUGGUUCCGCUAUGGACGCUGCCACCACGCUUCCUUUUGAGCCUGCUGGUGACAUGGCAACUGCAGCGAUGCCUUCUCCUGAGCCUGUGUUGAAGUUGCCUUUCGAGGAAAACUUUUCCGCUGAACCGAAGCAGCCAAAAAUCGAAGAGAUUUCGGAUGAUGAUGUGGAGAUGCCAGCGCAGGCUGAGGCUGGAAGCGAGGCUCUGGAACCAUCUUCAGAGACAGGGCGGGAGAAUGAUCCCCCCAAGGAGUUGGAGACUUGCAAUGAUACGUCUUCUCGGCCAGCCUGCGGCCCUUCUUCUCCUGCACUGGUGGAAGAUGCGCAUCCUCCGGGGCCUUCUGCAUCUGCGGCAAAGGACGGCUUGGACGUUGCGAUUGCUGCUGAAGCUUCUUCACUUGCUGAGCCGCUGCAGUCCCCCGAGGAGGAUUUGAGGAAGAAACAGUUGGCUUUCAAGGCGCAGAACCGAGAAGCUGCAGCAGCCAAAAAAAAGCAACAGGAAUUUGAGAAGGAGCAGAAAGCAGCUGCGAAAGCAGAGAAGAAGAGACUGCGAGAAGAAGUGAAAGCUGCCAAGGCAGCAGCGAAGAAGUUGAAGAAUAGAAAGUCAGCUUCGAAAGAGGAUAAGGUGGACCCUUCACCAGAGAAGCCCAUGGAUGUCGAGGCCGAUUUGGAAGAUGACGUUUCGGAGCCUGUGGCUGACGGAGAGGGUGAAGAUGAAGCCGCUGCUGAGGAGGUUGAAGCGGUGGAGACUGAAGUGAAGAAGAAGAGGAGAAGACGCGUGGCUUCGCCGAAAGCAAAGGGCAGACCCCGCAAGAUCGAGUUCAUCGAAUCCUGGUUUUUCGAGCGCUGCGGUCAAUCGGAUGUCAUCAACAAGAGCCUCGUGCAGGAGCUGAGCAUCUUUAUGAAGCAGUGGCGCACCGUCUCCUACAAGAAGGACGAGCACACGGUGCACAAGGACGUGCCCGGAAUGACUCCAUACUGGUCUCGUGAUGCGGCUGGCAUAAAGAUGGAGAAGGAGGAUGGCUCGGGCAAAUUCCAGGCUUGCUACUUUGCCCUCCGCCUCGACAAGUGCUCUUCGAUGGCUGUGAACUUGUACCUGGCAAAGAAGUUCCAGGAGAAGUGCGCUGCGGAAGCGCCUGGGUGGGCUGAGGGCUCUGAGGUGGCGAAAAAAGUGCUAAGCCUUGCUGUCUGCAUCCUGUCUUCUGUGGCAGUAUGCAUGUUUAAUUGGUUGCUUUUUGUCAUUGCAUCUCCUGUGAAGGCGCAUGGCCGCGGUGGCAUGAGGAUUCCCUCUCCCGUGGUGCUGACAGUGGACCUGAAGUCUGGGACACUUUGUGGUUGUGCAGGGAAAGGUGGCGAUUCUCCUGGGAAGGGCGUUGGGAGCAUGGCUGGCAACAAGGGCGCUGAUGGGGGGUCGAAAUGCACCGGGGUGCCUGAACCAAAGCAUAGCCCGAGACGCCACCUUGGGGUUCCUGAGCCAGAAGGUGAGCCGAAGGGUGAGCCGAAGGGUGAGCCGAAGGGGGAGCCGAAGGGUGAGCCGAAGGGUGAGCUGAAGGGUGAGCCGAAGAGUGAGCCGAAGGGCGAGCCGAAGGGUGAGCCGAAGGGCGAGCCGAAGGGCGAGCCGAAGGGCGAGCCGAAGGGCGAGCCGAAGGGGGAGCCGAAGGGGAAGCCGAAGGGCGCUGGGCCCAAAGGCAAAGGAGACAAAGGCCUCCUUCCGAAAGCCACACCUUUCAAGGGCAAAGGCAUGGGCACGGCCACCUGGCCCAAGCCCAAAGCAAUGCCAGGCGGGCCUGGGGUGCCUUCCCUUCCUGGACGUGGCAUGUGGGUUCAGGCCUGGAUGUGGCUUCCUGUACCAGAGCGGCCAGCAUCCGAGAUGGAGACUGAGGAGAUCCUCGUGGAGCCCGAGCCCACUGAAUAUGACUUAGCUGCCGGAGGUGAACCUGCCGGCUCGGUGCUUCAGAUGGCAGUCUUCACAGGCGGGAACAUUCCGAGCACCUGCGUUCAGAUCGACGUUACAGAAGCCAUCGCCGAAGCCAGCGCCAUGAGCGAAAGUGCAGGGACCAUAGUGAGGGCCGCGGUGACCGCAGAAAACGUAGCCACAGGUAGAGAACAAGUUCUGCGACUGAGUCCAAGUGGAAAACAUGGCUGCGGCUUCACUGCCUUCGGCAAUGCGCUGUUGACUUACAUGCAGCUGGCGCUGCCGCCGCUGCAUGGGCGCGCCUGCGCGAAGUGGCAGGAAGAGGAAAAUAUGUGGCCUGCAGCCCCGCUGCCGUUUGAGAUGAUCGAAGUGUUUGCUGGGGACGCUGCUGUCAGCAAGUCCUGCCGGCUUGCUUGGAUCAGCACAGCAGCUCUGGAUGUCAGAUACAGCGCUGACAUGCGGCACAGCAGGUUCAAGCGUCCUGCCAUGGUAUCCCCGCUUCGAGCACCUGAUGAGUUGUCUCCCCAUCUGGUGCGCAGCUUGGUGGGGAAGGCACUAUGGAAAAGGCACAAAGCUUGGAGCAACUGCUCACUUGUCUCAAUGCUUUGCCGGGGCGUCUUGAAGAAGGCUGACAGGGAGAAGUGCAUAGUGAAGACCACGAAGAAGACCAUGAAAGAUGGCCGCGCCACCUACUCUGGAAAUAAGUCUUAUCCCAUAUCGUUUGGCCUCCGCAUCCAACGUCUCUUCUGGCAGACGAAGGGCAGCAGCACUUGGACUCCUGAUGACCGAGCUGCGGCUGACGAGAUUGCCCGGAGAUUGCCGGAGAUGGACCGGAGAUUUAGGUUUCCAAGUAGAGCUUGGUCUUGCGGUGACGUAGUAGCCGGGGCCUCUGCUGUAGUCGACCAGAUGGACGGUGCAGCUACCGACCUAGAAGUUGUGAACUACAAGCGGGGCCUCCUGUCCGAGACCAGUGACAUGCAGGUGGAUGAACUGGAGCAGCUCUUGAAGGAACGUUGGCUUUUUGUUAAGCACGAGCAGCACGAAGAUAUGUUGACGCAGCAGAUCCGCAACGACCUCUACACAAAGAUGAGCGAACCGCCUGUGCCUACACCUGUUCGUGCAGACCAUGCCCCUCCUACCGUGGAAGUUACUGGCGCUGCUGGCUUUGACCAUUCUGCUCUGGAAACAGUUACAGCAACUUUGGUGGACAGCCCUGCAGGUGCGGAGAAGGCCGGAUGCGACUCGGCCCGUGCCAAUUCCUUUGGUGACCUGAGCAAAACUGAAUGGGAUUCCAUGGGCAUUGACCCGCUUGCCAUCAUCGACUUGGACGACAAUGACGCUGAAGAAUCUGCGGCUUUGAAAGCUCUGGAAGUGGAGCCGGAUCGCAAGAAGAUGACGGCCACGAAGCAAAUGCCCGUGAAAGCAUCCCCUUCCGCGACUCCCUCUGAGUUCCCUGCACCGAAAGCUCCUGGAAUUCCUGCGCCUGCUCAAGGAGAUGCCGCAUCGCAGCUGGCUGAGCUGCAGAAAAAGUUGGGGGCUGACAAGAUGCUUGAGCUUCUGACUGGCUGCGGCAAACCUGUUUCUUGCCCAGGCCUUUCACCACCAGUGCAGAAAGAAAUUUUCACCCCAUCUGCCAGCACUCCCAAAGCAUGUCCUCUGGCCUCGGUGUGCCCAAAGCUGCCCCAGCUUCGGCGAGAAGCACUUUACAUGCGCCUGAAAAGACUGUGCGAGAAGAAAGCUGGUGGUGCCCUGUCGGUUGAUCCUGAAACCCAUAACAUGUGGGUUUCGGGCAACCGAGACGUCUUGAGUUUGGCGUUGGUGGCAGCCCUGAGGAAGUGCGGAAGCGAAGACACCGCUGAGUUCGCUGCGAAGGUGGUCAAGGUUCGUCAGUACACGACCGAAAGGGAAGAGACUCUCCAUGGCAAGUGGUGUACUGAAGAGAGCAUGCAGCGGGACUUGAAGUACAGCGCGACUUUGAUCUCAAAGAUCAAGGCAUACUGCUACCGGUUCAAAUCAGUGCUCACCAGGGCUUUCAAAUACGACGACAAGGUGACCGAAUUUUUCGUUCAAACUGAAGAGCCGGUGAAGAUUCGAAAGUGCGACUUGGAAGGCUUCAAGACCAUGGAAGGCUUGGACCCAGACGCCCCCGCCCCUGGCCCAUCGGACCUGCCUCAGCAAGAGCUUAUGCCGGGAGUACCUCAGCAGGACGGUGGUUCUGUGCCUGCGCCCAUGGUUGCUGAGACCAAGGACAACUUGGAUAAGUUCGUGGAAAGCCUGCACAAAAAGGCAAGCGCCGCAACGGUGUGGGUGACAUCAUUGGAACCCCCAAACUUGGAGAAACCCAAUGACAAGCAAAAAGCGUUUGUCGCCGAUGUGCAGCGCAUCCUUGAGUCAAUGGAGGCCGCCUUCUUGCAGUUAGCCGAAUGCCAGCACAUGCUGGAAGAGCAUGGCAAAACUCCACAGUUUGACGAGAAGUACCAGAAGGCCAAGGAAGCAGCCCGACAGCCGUGUGUCAGCUUGCUGGCAAAAGAGCACACCUACAAGCUGCUUCUUCCGGCUGGGCGCAACUGUCCUGGCAAGCGCAAGGAUCCCCCUGGUGAGAUUCCUCCAGCGAAGUCCGAGCCUGGGGCCAAAUCGAAGCCGAAGGCCAAAGCGCAGACUGGCAAGAAGCCUAAGCAGUGUGUUGCUCAGCCGGCCUUUGCAAAGCGGAAAGCACCUCUGGCACACAGCAAUGUGGCCAAAAGUUUGGCACGCAGUCUUGCUCGAGGCGUUUUUUGGUCGCAGGCCCCAGCAGUGCAGCUACAGGAGCAUGCCCGUGCAAUCCUCGCCGAUGAUGAGCGUUUGGGCAUUCGACGGAAGGACCCGGUGCUGCAGCGCUUGGCGAAGAAUACACCAGCGCAUGCGGCAGAAAGUGCGUUCCGCACUUUUGAAGCCCAAGAGAUGCGGGCGCCCAUUUCUGUGACUCGUGUGACUGUGGGCUCGGCCGCGAACCACCCGCUCCUCAAUCCCACUGACUUUGUCCGAGGCCUGGCGAAGAGCAAAAACUUGGAACUGCUUUUGCCGCACGAGGAUCUUGCAAAGUGCAAAGAAACCUUGCAGGAAUUUUGGUCCCGGUGGCGGGCACAGUAUGGGGAAGACCAUACCAUCUUCCAGGAGGUGCGGAAGGAGGAUUUGCAAGAAGAAAAGCCCUAUUAUGAUAAUAUCGUGGCAGAGUACGUUGGGGCGUGUUUUUGUGCUCUCAGAGAAACCUACGCCAAUGAUCCUGACGUGCUAACGGACGCCUUGAGGCACAUCGUCCUAAAUUUUCAGCAUGGCUUACGCGAUGGCAUUGAGGUGGUCUACCGCGGUGAAAAGUUUCGCCUCCGACUUUGCUGCUUGGUCACCAAGGGUGAUUGGCCGUGGCUGAUAGAAGCAGGUGGGCUGACAAGGCAUUUCAGGCGAGCAGCCAAAAAAUCGGAAGCUAAGACGGUGCCCAACGCCGGCCUAUGCCACUUUUGCCUUGCAGGUACAGAGGGUGUUCCUUGCAGUGACACAAGCGACACGGCUGCAUGGAUCCAAACCAUGGGCUCAGCGGCUGCGUCUUUUGCUUGGGAUGUUGAAAGCCCUAUCACUCUUGGUCUCGUGAAAAACCCGGCGGAGCCGGCAAUGCUGUUCCGCCCGGACCUCUUCCACAAUUGGCAUCUGGGGAUGGGUCAGUGCUUCGUCGGCUCUACCUUGGUCCUCCUUUCUUCUAUGUGCCCUGGCUCCAGCAUCCCAAAGCGCUUUGAGGAGCUCACUCAGCUGUGGAGGGCUGCGUGCUGUAGCCUGGAAGUAUGCAUCCGUGCAUCACCAGGUCUCAUAGGUCCCGGAAGCCGUAUCUCCUUGAAAUUACCCGAACAUGUGCCUGGCUGGGCCCUUCUGACUGGCCGGAGGGAAUGGCUAGAAUGGCAACUGGAGCAACCGGAUUGGGCUGUCCAACUUCAAGAUGAUGAACGGUUCUUGACUAUUCUCCUGGUGUUGCGUUGCAUCAAUUCUGUGUUCCGCAAGCUCUACAGUUCUGGGGUGUGGUUGCCUCAAGAUGUUGCUCUUGAAGUUGGCCGCCAAGGCCCGGAGAUCAACCCGGAAUUGUGCAAUUCCUCGGUGAGCACCCCGGAUUCUCAGGAUCGAGGAGGAACUAUCGCUGGUGUCGAUCUGCUGGUGACAUCUGAAUGGCCGUUGCACUUGGAGGUGGAUGAUGCAUCGUUUGUUACACCUGUGCCACCGUGUGACCGUUUGUCCUUGCUGAGGGUGACUGACUUGUGUUCGGGCCUAGGGGGUUUCUCUGUCACUGCUCCCCGCCUUGGAUUUACGGUGGGUGCUGGGGUUGAUCAGAAUGAACGAUGGGGUCCUCUGUUUUCUGUCUUGCAUCCGGAUGCUUCCUUUUUCUGUGGGGACCUCAUGGACACUGCUGUGCUUAGGAAGUUGUUGGCACAAGGACACUUCCAUGGAGUUGUUUGCUCAGGCAUAGCUUGUCAGCCGCACUCAGUUUUGGGAGACAGGCGGGGCAUGGCAGAUCCGAGGGCACAGUCCCUACCCAAGACUUUGUCUGUCGCAUGGUUGUUGCAAGCGGCCAUUUUGGUCCUCGAGUGUACCCCAGAAGUUCUUCGAGAUGCUCAGGCGCAGGAAGUCCUCCGUCAGUUUUGUGUCUCAACAGGAUAUCGGAUGACUCAAACCAUCCUGAGGCUGGCCAAUUCUUGGUGCUGCAAAAGGGACCGAUGGGUUGCAGUGCUCACUGCACCAGUGCUUCCGAUGUGUGAACUGCAAGACAUGCCUCAGGAAACAUCCGUCCCAUGCAUCCGUGACCUCAUUGCAGAGUUUGGAGUUUGGCACCAAUAUGAUCAAGCCCAGUUGAAUCUCAACCUGUAUGAGUUGUCCAAGUACUAUCAAUAUGCUGCAGGUGGAAUUGAUGAGUCGUUUAUCAAACUCCAUGAGAAACUGCCGACACUCCUUCACAGUGCAGGAAAUCAGAUGUACACUUGUGCUUGUGGCUGCCGAGCAGCACUGUCGGAGCAGGUUUUGGACUUGGCCUUGGAAUUGCCGCCCUGUAACCCCUUGCCGUUGUUUCAAGAAUACAUGGCUGAGGUGAUUCAUGCUUGCCGACUCAAAUGGCCACCUGCCACCAUGCCAUGUGCACCGACAGCUGAGGAUCCCAUUGAAGAGACUGAAGUGGCUGGCCUGAUCACACUCUCCAGGCCGCUGUCAGAUGAAUCGGAUGUUCUGGUUCGUGUUUCCCCAGGGUCUACAGGUGAGCAAUUGCUUGCGGCCGAGGUCAAGCUAGGGAAUGCAGUGAAGGAUUUUCAACUCAGAGUCAAUGGUGAACCCAUGAAUCCAUCUCAGACGUUUCCUAAUGAUGCUCUGGUUUCCUUGGUUUCCCCAGCCUGGACUCCUGAACAACUGUAUGCCGAAAAGCAGGUCCCAUGCUGUCUUGAUGUUGAUGCCUUUUUGCACUUUGUCCGAGCAUCCGAUGCAUUCGAGCCUGGUCCCAUGAAUGACCUAGGGCGUCUUAGUGCAGUGCGUCAUCCGGACAUGCCCAAUGUCACCCGUCAGAGUGUUUUGGCCAUGCAAGGACCGGUAUGGGGUGACGAUGAACUCCUCUUUGGCCUUCACCAGAUUGCAGAUAACACUGAUGCAGAUCAAUGUGUCACCGUUUGGGAUCCACUUUUGAUUUCAGGUCUUGUGCAACAGGAUGUACCUGCAACAUGGUCCCAGUUGGUCGCUGCCUUGCGUCCUAUGACAACUGUGGUUUCUGCGGUCCUCUUGGGGGGUCAUUGGAUUCCGUUGGUUUGGAGGAUUGACACGGUUGGUGCUAAGCUUCAUACCUUGGCGGUUACUGUGUACUUUGAGCCCGUCCUGGACUCUCUGUGUCGGGCGAUCGACCUUUACCGGGGAGGGGCGAGAGGUGUCUGGAAAGCUCAUGAACCCGGUUUUGUGCCUGGUGGCUACUGUGGUGCUUUGGCCUUGUGCUUUGUUCGCCAUCUGUUGUGGGGUUGGCUUUUGGUUGAUGACCAGUGUUCUCUGCAAUGGGUUUCUGAUCAGAUGAGAAAGGACUUUGCUGCGCAACUUCCAGAACCAUGUCUCCGUCCUAUGUUGGCAGGUUUGGGUCUCACAGUCCAGGCACGUUUGGCAGACUUGUUGUGCAAACAUGGAGUGCCCACACAAGAGGCGAUGGGUCGUGCCACUUUGGCUAUCAAGGCUUUGGGUGAAGAUGGAAUUGGAAAGGCCCUGGACUCUGACAACCAGUGGCGUGAGUUGAAGUGGUUGGGAAAUCAAUCCAGGCCACCAUACAUGUUCAUCAAGCCUUCUGAGUUGCAAUCCCAAAUUGAACUGCGAGACAAGGACAAGCCAGUAGGACAAAAGAAGCACAAAUCCCGGCCGUCCAAGGGCAAGGGCAAGGGAUUGUCGACCCAGCUCAGUGUGGACCCAGCUUCUUUGAGACUUGAGACAGGGAUUUUCCAGAGCGAACAGGGUCAGUUGCUUCCUCAGCUUGGUCUGUCGCAGGUUGGACCUACUGCGGUUGGGGUAGUGGUUGUGUCGGUGCAUACCAUUGAGCCGUACUUGAAGGCUGGCAAUCCAUUGUCUUCUGGGCCAUUGGCCUUCUUUGUCGUUGAUUCACCGGGUGUGGUCAUGCAUCCGUUGUUGCAUAUCUUUGCACAGGUACCUCCUCUUCAAAAGUGCCUUGACCAGGAGUGCUGUGGAUGUGAAAGCUGGCAUAAGUCGCCAGAUUACCCGAUGGAGUCCCCAGUUUUGGAAGUUUGGGGGAAACAAUGGUUGAUGUUGGACUUCAAGAGCGCUGCGCCAGAUCGAGCAGAGCUGUUUACAGCCCAUAUGCGAUUGCCUGAAUGCAUGCAGAUGCAGGUUCAACAUUUCUCAGGACAUGAUGGGGUUUUUCUUGAACCGAAGUCAAUCGAUGGCCGACAUCCGUCUCAUGAGUUCACUGUCAUCUGGAUGCCCAAGGUAGAUGAAGCUCAGCUGCUUGUCCAAAGGCAGACAGUUGCCAACGUUGUCGGCAUGGCCCGUCUAGGUCUUAAGAUGGGAUUGAGGUGCAGAGCCGAACAUGCAGCGGAGGUCUUCUCCAAGUUGCGACCAGGCCAGACUUUCCUGCCGCCAGGCAAGCGACAGACCUUUUUGGUGGGACCCUUUGACUUUGGCACACUGCAGACCUCAGUGACUCAGAUGUUGCACUCCAUUGGAUGGGUUGCAAAACCAAUUCAUGCCGUGGCAGCAAAGACACACGUCCAUGGAUUGAUGUUCAGGGUGCAAGCAGUGCAGGAACCUCCAAAAAAGGUCAUCCGCAUGGCUCACGGUGAUGUCAUGAUUGCCAAAGAAGAUGAAGCCUCGGUGCCUGAGAAGGUUGUGCCAAAGGUGGUAGCAACUUCCACCACGGAGUCUAUGAUUUCCAAGGCAGGGGAACAGGACUAUAUCCAGCAGCAUGACCCAUGGGCCAAAGCAGCCAGCCGUUUGCCUUCAAAGACAGCCACGUUCCAGAUUGGCAACCCUCUUGAGGACAUGACGCAGAAGGUCAUUGCUGAAGUGAUGGCACAGAUCCCCAAAGGGACAAUGGAGGUGGACUCUGAAGAAGGCCAAGCCAGUCGGGUGGCUGCCCUUGAGCAACAGUUCCAAGAGCUUCAAGGCCAAACUCAGGUCAUUGCCGCUGCAACGCAGAAGAAUGCUCAGGAGACCGCCACACAGAUGCAAGAACUCAGGGGUCAAAUUCAGCAACAAGGAACCCACUUUGAAAGUGCCAUUGCAGCUCAGGCUUCCACCAUCCAGGGAUUCCAAGAUGCCUUCCAGGAGCAGUUCCGACAGCAGGUGAACCACCAGCAGACCAUGCUGGACAAUAUGUUCAGCAAGCAGAUGUGUCAAUUUGAAACUUUGCUUGCCAAACGUCCUCGCCAAGAGUUGUCGGAUCUGGACUUUGAGGACACAAUCCAGUGGGGCCUGUUAUGCCACUGUUUGCCGGCGGUGUUUGUUUUCUCUGGAGUUGGUGAUCAGUGUUUUGUGGAUUUUGGGCCGCGCUGGACUUUUUUGGCCCUUGGCCUUAUGGACUCCAGGUGGUUCCUUUUGUUUGCACUUUGCAAUUUGUUGCGCGUUGGAGAAGCCCUGCAUCCGGGUCCGGCCGUUGUGUACUCUUCAGCGAGAGUUCAAGUAGUUGGGGUUUCCUUGGCGGAUACUUGGGUCACGGUUGGCAUGUUGUAUGGCUACCCCUGCAAUGCCUCCCACAAACAGGCGCGGUAUCAAACGGAUGCCAUGUUGGCUGAUUUGGUCGACAGGGUAGGCUGCCAAGCAUCUGGGCCUAGGGCCAUAGGUGGGGACUUCAACUUUGGGCCAGAGGAAUUGGAGCAGCUCAGUCGCCUCCAUAUGCUGGGUUUUCGAGAGGUCCAAGAUUUGCGCGCUUGGCGCACAGGUCAAUCAGUCGAAGCUACGGGGAGGGGUUCCAAAAGAAUUGACCAAUUGUGGAUUUCCCCAGAACUUCAGCGGGUCUUGGUGUCUGUUCGCGUUGAGUUUGAUCAUUGGGCUGACCAUGCAGCGGUGAUGGCUACCUUUUCCCAUGAGGGCCUCGUUGUUAAUGUUGAUUCCUGGCCUGCUCCUUCUCAGUUUCCGUGGCCAAAAGAAUGGACUUGCCAAGUUGAACCGCCUGGAAGCGGAGACCUCUCCUUGGCCUAUGCCCAAUUUUGGAAUCAGGUUGAAACACAGGCUAAGUGUUGGGUGCGUCACCAGGGGGUUCCAGUUUUGAAGGGUCAGCUCGGCAGAGCCAGUGUAUUGGAACCCAAGAAGGUCAAGGAGCACUUGGCACCUGUGAAGAAAGGCCGACCAGGAGAUGUCCAACCCUCUUACCUGGGAGUCAGCUUGCAGCAUGCCAGAUUCUUCAAGCAGCUUCGGCGUUUGCAGUCACUCUCCCGUAUCCUUGCCAAGGGGGUCACAACUUGGAGUGGACGGAUCAGCUGUGAUGAAACCUGGAGGGCCAUCCGUUCUGCAGUUGGAUUUCCAGGAGGUUUCGGGGACUGGUGGGUGGCACAGGGUUUGGAGCCUCGUCUUAGGGGGACUUUACCGUUGCUUUGCCCUGAUUUGGACUUUGCACAGGGCCUCUUCUUGGGCUUUCAACAGUUUGUUAUGAAGUAUGAGCAAACCUUGAUUAGCCAGAGGUACCAGCAUGCCAAGCACCGUCGGGCCCAAGGUUUAGCCUAUGUCUUUCAGGAAGUACGUCCUGAUGACCAGUCCGUUGUACUGACUCGUCCUGCUCAGCUCUUUGAUGACUUGCCAGUGGUGGUUGAGGGACGGGUGGUUGAAGUGGUGGUGCAUCAUGAAGAUCAGGUUUGGCUGACUGCUGUGGAUGGCAUUCAACCUGGUCAUGUGCUCACACAGGAACGUGCUAUCAGUUCAGAUGAGGCCAUUUUGGCAAGGUUUCAACAAGCGGUUAGGCAUAAGAAGCCGAAAGCAGCACGAGGUCCGGACGGGGUCUCUCAACCUGAUCUGAUGGCGUUACCUGAGACGGCCUGUGAAGCCCUUCUUGGAAUUUACAGGGCAGUUGAGAGGGGGGCGGGAUGGCCCAUCCAAAUGGCCAGUGGAUUUGUGGCCAGUCUUGCUAAGACGCCUAAUGCCCAGAGUGUGGAUGAGUUCCGUCCUGUGGUGGUUUACAGCUUGGCUUACCGGAUCUGGUCGUCAGAGCGUGCACGAGAGGCCUUGCACUCAGUCUCCAGCCUCCUUCCGGCUAGUGUCCAUGGGGGUGUCCCGGCCCGACAAGCCAAAACCAUUUGGUAUGAACUUGCGUCAGCAAUGGAACUUGCAUAUCUUAAUGGGGAAGGUCUGCAUGGGCUCCUGAUGGACAUUCAAAAGUGUUUCAACAACAUCCCCCGCCAGCCACUGUGGUGGGCUUUGGUCUUGAUGGGUUUCCCCGAACCUGUCCUUCGGGCGUGGGUUGCGUUUGUUUCAGGCCAAACUAGGCGCUUCAAAGUCCGUCGUUCAGUGGGCCUUCCCAUUUCUUCCAACUGUGGGCUUCCUGAAGGUUGUGCACUGUCGGUUUUUGGCAUGACAAUGAUUGACUGGAUUUUGGAUUGGUGGCUGGGUGGUUUGGAGGUGGCAGUGGACUUGCGUACUUUUGUUGAUGACUGGGGUGUGAUGUUUCGAUGUGCUGAGGCCUUGCCUAGGAUCUGGACUUCCAUUGAGCAAUUCACUGGCCACUUGGACUUGGCCAUUGACCUUUCAAAGACGAGGGUCUGGUCCACAGAAGCUACUGCUCGCCGUGAUUUCAGAGGCAGCAGUACUGUCGCAGUGUGGAUCAGACUCCGUGCCAGCCAGGGGCCAUACCGCUUCAAGGUGACAGCCAUACACAUGAUGGCGUGGCCACGGGCUCUUCAUGGCAUCUCAGUUGUCCAUUUGGGUGCAUGUCAUUACAAGACUUUGCGAGCAGGUGCUGUGCGUGCACUCAGGGCUGACAAGAAAGGCUCAAAUCCCUACUUGCACUUGGUUGCUUCUGCUUUGAUGACAGACCCUGAGGCCUGGUCCAUUGUUCAGACGGUGCGGGAUGUUCGGGAAUUGGGGUCUGACCAAGUUGAACCUCUGCUGGGCCUGUUUGCUGGGAGUGGUGAACCCUUACCCCAGAAUGGUCCCACGGCUAUUUUAUGUUCCCGACUGCAGCGACUUGGAUGGGGCAUUGGGGGUCAAGGCCUAGUGCAGGACCGUUUGGGUACCUUCAGCUUGAUGUCUAUCUCCUGGGAUGAGUUGGUUCUUCGCAUUAAGCUCUCUUGGGGCUCCGUGUUGGCUCGUGAACUGGGUCAUCGAUCUACCUUUGAUGGACUGGCAAAUGUGGACUUGCCAGAACUCUACAGAGCCCUGUCGGUUUUUGGUCCUGCUGACUUGGUUUUCUUGCGGUGUCACCUUGAUGGAACCCUUUUCACCCAGAAUGGCCGGGCGAAGUUCCAGCCGGGAGUAACAGACAAGUGUCCAUGGUGCCCUGCCAAAGAUGGAUUUCAUCAUCGGGCCUGGAUUUGCCCGCACUUUGCUGCCUGUCGGUCUCAUCUUACUCCUGCGCAACAGCGUGCCCUUGUCACUCUCCCUCCUUGUUUGGUUGAUCACGGUUGGCCUGUUUUGUUGCCGGAGUGGGAAGUUUUUGCGGGGAUGUUGCUUCGGUCUGAUGGACUUUGUCGGAUGUCACCAGCAGAACCACCAGCAGGUAGUGACUCGCAGCUGCUGGAACUUUUCAUGGAUGGUACAAGUGCUUUUCCGAAAGAAGUGAAGCUUCGAUUUGCAAGCUGGGCCGUGACCUUGGUUUCUGGAGUUGGGAUUUUAGAUAACCAAGUCCUCAUGGGAGGCCAUGUCUCAGGCUUGUGCCAAACGGCAUUCAGAGCGGAGCUGACAGCGGCAUUACAUGCAAUACGUUGGGCAGUAAUGCACCGCAGGCGUGUGCGCUUGUGGUGUGACUGUCAGAGUGUGGUGCGUGGAGUCAACAAAGCUUUGCAACGAAAACGGUGGAGGCGCAAUGGACCUCACUCUGAUCUGUGGGGACAGCUACAUGCUUGGGUGCGGGGCAAUGAAGACUUGAUCCAAAUCAGAAAGGUUGUUUCUCAUGGUGAAAUACAUCGAGCGUUGGAUCCACUGGAGCAAUGGGUCUACUGGCACAACAAUUUGACAGACAAGGCGGCAGAAGCCAUUAACUACCGCCGUGAGCCUGAAUUUUGGGCCGUGUGGACACAACUGCGGAGUGCACUUGAAUUUUACCGGCAGUUGCACUCCGCAAUACUUCGGGUGCUCUUACAGACAUCGAAAAUGGCAGCAGCCGAACAGCGGCCCGUGCAGAUGGUACCGCAGGUUGUUGCACUGCCGACACAGGUUCAAGUGGCACCGGUGGCUUGGGAAAUUCCGACAUCUUUGGUGCGUCGGUAUGGAGAGGUCAAUUUGCAGAAGCUGCAUGACUGGUGGACAGUUUGGGGGCCAGGUAUGUUGACCAGCUCAGUGCCGCUGUCCCAAAUUUCAGGGCUGCAGCUUUUUGUGUCCUUCAACCUACACACUGGAUAUCAAGGGCCGUGGUGUUACAAGAAGCGUUGGUACGACAAUGAGGAGGCAGUCCCAGAGAAAGGACGCCAGACUUGGGGCAAUAGGUGGGAUGCAUCCAUGUUGGACAGGGUGGACCAGGUCCUUCUCACCCAGCAGGGUCGUCAGACCGUAAAUGCGGCUGAUGUGGCUCGGCUUCAAGCUGCAAGAA